AGCGGUUAGGGUGAACUAUUUAUUAUAUAUGAUAACAAGGAGAGGAGUAUAACAUAUGCAAUCAGUUAUACGUAUGGCCGAUGCUAGCAUGUUCAAGUGAUGUGCAGUAGGAAAUUGGAAUGAUCCUCCACCGUUAUACGGGUAUCUUUUCAGUUUCCUACUGCAUAUCAUUCCAACUGCCUACAUCACAUAACUUUUUUCAUUCUCAUUGAAUGAUGUGGCAUAUCAGUGAUCUAGAUGAUGUGGUAAAACAAUUAAUGAAGAAAGAGAUGAAAUGAGUUUCAUGUGAUGAAGCUAUGUCUACACUAUUAUCUAGACAUAUUGUCUAUAUAUGAAAUCGCACGGAAAGAAACUCUCUAUUGCGAGAGACUAUUUUAACAAAGAUUUCAUUCCUUUCUUGUUUACAUGGCAUCUUAGAAAUACAAAUAUGAUACCUACCCACUGAGAACCAAUGAGAAUAGCCUAAGGGUCUUGUGGAUUUUGAAAAGGUUGUUGUGAGUUGUGGAUUGUGGAAAACAAGGGCGGACUCAUGGCCUAGCGAGCGUGGGCACUUGCCUAGGCUCAUCCAUUAGUGCAAAUAGACUUAUAUAUGUGUACCAAGCAAUAAAAUGCAACUAAACAUAGGCAAAAACUGGGCAAGACGAUAUCUUUAUAGUAUGAGUAUUAUAUUUUCUUAGGCUUUUGAAGAUUUCUGGGUCUUCCACUCUUCCACGGGUGGAAAAGUAGCCGUGGGUUAUGGAAUGUGCGAAAGUUAAGAAUCGUUUGGUUCAAUAGUUGUGGCUUCUAAAAAACUGCCGUUAGCUUCACUCAGUGACAAGUGGACCCUGUCUGUCUUGUCUUCUUCCUCCGGAUGGAUCCUUGACCAAGGUCGUGCUUUCUCGCGAUGGUGGACCCAAGCUCGCCUGCUGUGGCAGAGGUCAUGCUCGCCCUUGGCGACCAACCGAGGUGGUGGAGCGCUAGACGAGGAGCUUGGUUGCAUGAAGAAUAGAUGUGUGUAGGUAAACUUGGGGGAGCAAUGGGAGGAGGGAAAGACAAGCAUGACGAGAGCGACAAGGGGCUCUUCUCAAACUUGAUGCACGGCGUUGCCGGUGGCCAUGGGUACCCCCCGCAGGGAUACCCUCCGCAGGGCUACCCACCGCAACCAGGAGCAUACCCACCUCCCCCAGGGGCGUAUCCUCCUCCACCCGGCGCAUACCCACCACAAUAUGGGUACCCUCAGCCGGGUGGCUACCCAACUCAAGGUGGAUAUCCUCCUGCAGGCUACCCCGGCUCAUCUCACCAGGGUUAUGGGAGCAGCCACGCCGGGGGCCACAUGGGGACGGGGGCAAUGCUAGCUGGAGGUGCCGCCGCCGCCGCUGCCGCUUACGGAGCACACAAGCUUUCUCAUGGCCAUAGCGGACACGGUGGACAUGGGCCCUUUGGAGGCCAUGGUCGUGGUCGUGGUCGUGGUGGUUAUGGCCGUGGUCGUGGUCACCACGGCAAGUUCAAGCAUGGCAAGCACGGACACGGCAUGUUCAGCGGCAAGUUCAAGAAGUGGAAGUGAUGUGCUCUCCUUGGUUGAUCGUAGCUAGCGGUGGUAAUGAAUCACGAUCUAAAUGUUUUUUCACAAUAUGUUAGAGUCCGUAAAUAAUUUUAGUUUAAAAAUGAAUAAAAAUAUAGCUCGAUCCUAAUCAGAUUCGAUCCUUAAAUUUUGUAGUGUAAAAUUUAUGGCACAUUACCAUCCCUAAUGAUAGCUGAAUUCAGGCUUCUAGGACAUGUGUUGCCAGGAAUGCCUUUUCAGUAUCUAUCUAGAUUGUGGCAAGUGACAUGUUGCUAAUAAGUGACAUAAAUAACCAUUUGCUGGUAUGCUGUAUAUGUUGGUCUCGUGGAUGGAGCGCUUUAAAGAUUAUAUUCUGUGUGUUGGAAUGAUAUGGUUGUACUGUA